AUGGCUUAUGUACCCUCCCUGUUUCAAUACAUUGAUGAUCACCAGGACCAGUUCAUCCAGAGGCUGGCUGAAUGGGUGGCAGUUCAGAGCGAAUCAAGUGAUCCAGCCAAAUGGAUAGAGGUUGAGAAAAUGCUGAACAUCACUGCACAGAGGAUUCGCGAGAUGGGAGGCAGCGUGGAGUUAGCAGAUGUGGGAACACAACAGUUAUCCAGUGGAGCAGUGGUUCCCGUUCCCCCGGUGUUGCUGGCUGAGUUUCCAGGGGACCCAAAGAAAGCCACGCUCUGCAUCUAUGGCCAUGUGGACGUUCAGCCGGCCAAGAAAGAAGAUGGGUGGGCCACCAAUCCCUACAACCUGACUGAGAUCAGUGGCAAUCUGUAUGGGCGAGGCGCCACUGAUAAUAAAGGACCAGUACUGGCCUGGCUUCAUGCUGUUGAAGUGUAUCAAGCCAUAGAGCAGGAAAUACCACUGAAUCUGAAAUUCAUCAUUGAAGGAACGGAGGAAUCGGGUUCAUUUGGUUUGCGAGAGCUGAUCAUGGAGAGAAAUGACAGCUUUUUUGCAGAUGUGGACUACAUUGUCAUCUCUGAUAGUGUUUGGGCAUCUAGGAAUCCAGCUCUGACCUACGGAGCCAGGGGGAGCAGCUAUUUCUUUGUUGAGGUUGAUGGCCCUGUGGAUGACUUUCAUUCUGGGGUGUAUGGGGGUUCAAUCCAUGAGCCUAUGACUGAUUUGAUAGCCUUGCUGGCAAGUCUGGUGGACCACACAGGUAAGAUUCUCAUUCCGGGCGUCACUGACGACGUGGUUCCCCUCACUGACAGUGAAAGGAAGACUUACCAAAACAUCAGCUUUGACCUGGAGGAUAUGAAAAAGGUGGUGGGCGUGAAGCACUUUCUGCAAGACACGAAGGAAGAAGUCUUAAUGGCUCGAUGGCGUCAUCCAUCCCUGUCCAUCCACGGUAUUCAGGGAGCAUUCUCGGAGCCAGGCAUUAAAACUGUCAUCCCUGGACGGGUCAUUGGGAAGUUCUCAAUACGCCACGUGCCCAGCAUGAACCCACCUGAUGUUGAGAGAAAGGUACAGGAGCAUCUGAAGCAGGUCUUCAAUGGACUGAGAAGCCCCAACAGGAUGAAAGUGACCAGUGCUAUUGGAGCUAAACCGUGGGUGGGCAAACUCUGUGACAAUCAGUAUGUUGCUGGAGGGAAAGCCAUUAAAAAUGUCUUUGGAAUGGAACCUGAGCUGAUCCGCGAGGGAUCAACCGUCCCAAUCCUCCAAGACUUCCAAGAAGUGACCGGCAAAAGCGUGAUGAUGCUACCGAUCGGAGGCCAUGAUGAUGGAGAACACUCCAAGAAUGAGAAAAUCAGCAGGUACAACUUCAUUGAAGGGACGAAGCUGUUUGCGGCUUACAUUUACGAGCUGUCACAAGUUUAAUACAUUCACACACGAUGAAACCUCAUUUUGUCAUGUUGCACAUGAUCUUGUAACUUGACCUCUGGGUAAUCAAACCACACUAUCAUUUGCAUGUUUGUUGUA